GUCACCACAGGGACUCCGAUGCGACCGAGCGGACAAUGGGCAAACGCGACAGCUGUAUGUGCCGCUACUGCCGCUGCUGUAUGCGUCUACUCCGUUCUUCAGAUCCGAAAAGCAGUGAGGAAGCAGGCAGCAUUGUCUCGUCCUGCGCCAGGCAUUCCAGUCGGUGUGCUAUAUAUUCAGAAUCCCCAUGACGACUUCCUCCAAAUCCUCCGGAAUGAUGUGUUGGUGGAGAAAGCAGUGGCAAAAGUGGACUCCAAGCUGUAUGUGUUUGUGGAUGCCACAAAGGACGUGACAUCAUCCACCAGCGAGCGUCUGCGGUACGUGGGCGAGCUCUACAAUCUUCUGUGGAACGCUGCAAGCGUCCAGAACAAACUGGACUUGGACAUCCGCGUCGUCUCCAGCUCCGAUCGAUCGUGGAAGGAAAUCAUUGCUUUACCCGAUCUGAUUGCUGUGUUUGCAUACGAAGACAUGGACGUGGCGUCGCUCAAUGGCGGCCGUGCUGCGUCCUCCUCUCUCGUUGCAUUCUACCCCUUGAAGGAAGCUGUCGACGACAGCGUCAAUCCAUCUACUUUUAUCUACCUUGAAGAUCCAACCCGGCAACUGGGAAAGGAACCUCUCGUUGUCAUCGGUGGGACGUUUGACCACCUGCACAACGGGCACAAGAAACUACUUUCGUUCGGGGCAGCGUUGGCGGACAACGCGAUGCUCGUUGGCGUCACGGCGCCGCAUAUGCUAGAGAAGAAAAGGUUGGGUCACCUCAUCGAGUCCAUUGGCGAGCGCAAGGCACGAGUCCAUUCCUUCCUCGCGGAUGUACACCCUCAUGUGAACCCCUCCAUCAUCACCAUCGACGAUCCGUUCGGUCCUGCGAUCACGUCCCCCGACAUCACUGCCAUUGUCGUAUCGACAGAGACUCAGCUGGGGGCUGUCAAGAUUAACGCGAUUCGAGUCGAACGCGGGCUGCUUCCGCUCAACAUAUACGUGUGCCGUCGAACGGACGCAAGCACACUGAGUUCUUCGUACAUUCGCGAGCAUUUGGCAUUGCUUCCAUCGCUUCGCAGCAUUCUCCUGGGGAGGCUCGACAACUUGCGCAUCCAUACCCACGCCGUGACGGCAUAUAACGAGGUGGUCGACGCUCCAUGAAGGCAGUACGACAGACAUUCAUUCGCCGCAGGAGCUGCCGAAUGAUUUCACUGGGAAUGAUUGGCUGUUGGUUAGUCAAGUAUCGUCGAUUCAUUGGUUCAUUUGGAGGAUACAAAGCAUUGAUUGGCUA